AUGCCUCUCCCAGCCCGAUAUGGUCGCUGGGGAAUCCUGGCACCGGUGGUUAUAAUUCUUCUCAUAUUACACCUCAUUCACGCAAACCUGGGAUCAAGUACCACGCAGGACGUGAUCGAACCAACCCCAGGCCUCAAAAUCGAAACAACCACAACCACAAACACAACCUCACCCUCACCCUCAACCGCAACAACAGACCAUGUCCCAAGUACAUGCCCACCACUACCAGGAAUGGAAAACAUCCUAGUAGUAAUAAAAACUGGCAUAACCGAAGCCCAAGACAAAGUACCAGUGCACCUACGCACAACUCUCCGCUGCAUCCCACACAAAAUCAUUGUCUCAGACUUCGAAGAAGACAUAGCAGGAGUGCGCACCUACGACGUCUUCCAAAACGUCUCCGAAUCCCUAAAACAAUCCAACAUCGACUUCGCCCUCUACAACCGCGCCCGCUCAGGCGGCCGCACAGCCCUAACAUCUCAAGACCACACAAAAGUCGCCAACGGCCCAUCGGGAAUGAGCGACAACCCCGGCUGGAAGCUCGACAAGUGGAAAUUCCUACCGAUGAUCCACACAGCGCGCCACGCGCGCCCAGAUGCUCACUGGUUCGUUUUCCUCGAGGCAGACACGUACCCGAUCUGGCCGAAUCUGCUCGCCUGGUUAUCCAGUUUUGAUUCGGCGGACCGGCUGUAUCUGGGUAAUCAGAUGCAAAUUGGGCCGAAUCUGUUUGCGCAUGGUGGGUCCGGGUUUGUACUUUCGCAUGCGGCUAUUCAUGCCGCGGCGGAUUAUCAUACGGCUAAUGUUGGCGAGUGGGAUGAUACGACUGAUCGGGAAUGGGCGGGUGAUUGUGUGCUUGGCAUGUUGCUUGCUAAGGCGGGUGUUGGGCUUACUUGGUCUUGGCCUAGAGUUACGACACAGUCAGUUUGGGAGCAGGAUAUGCUCAGGGAUGGGUUUGGGGUUACGCCUUGGUGUCAUGCGCCUUUUACUUUCCAUCAUAUGACUCCUGCGGAUGUGGAUCGGUUUUGGGAGUUUGAGCAGAUGUGGUUUGCUGAGACGAACUCGACGCAGUUGACGUACAAUGAGAUCUUCCGCAAUCUUAUUCGUCCGACUUUGGCGGAUCAUCUGGAUAAUUGGGAUAACUUUGCCCCGGAUGGCGAUAACCAAGAGGAUUAUAAGGGUCCUAAGACUCCUGCUUCUCUCCCUGACUGUGCCGACUUCUGCGCGGCAGACCCGGAGUGUAUCCAGUACCGCCUCACCGCAGAAUCCCGCUGCACAACGUCCAAGGCUGUCCUGCGCGGUAAGCCUGCACCCGGCACGAAGUCGGGGACGAUGUUGUGGCGAGUAGAUGCUGCGGUGAAGCGGAUGGGACAAUGUCAGGAAGUGAUCUAA